AAACAAAAGAAAUUUAAUUUACAGUUUGGAAAGGGCAAAUCGUGUAAAUACCUACUUUUCUGGGGGCCCGGUUCUUGUGUCUACCUUCCUUCUCCCGCUCAGCAAGUCCUUCCCUUUCCACCUUGCUUUCGUUUUUUCUCUGCAAAACCCUAAUUUAGCCUUGUUGAUAAACAGAGAAGCAAUUCGAAUUAUCACUAGCUCGCCACUGGGGGACCCGGGAAGACUUUUCUUUGUUGUCGUCUUGAGGUUUCCUGGAGCUCUUGACCGUUAAUUUCUCCAGCACUUGACUUCUGGUCUGCUUCAACUGAUGCCAUUGCAAGUAUAGGGAGAUAUGGAUACAAAUGAGACUCUGGAGGAGAAUGGUAAGAUGCAGCUUACUGAAAAUGGUAAACUAGAUGAUAAUCUGGGCGAUGACUUCCUCGAGGAUUUUGACUCUUGUUGGCAAGACAUUACUGAUCGGUUGACCAUUUCGAGGAUGGUAAGUGACUCUGUCAUCAAGGGUAUGGUAAAUGCAAUUUCUCAGGAGGCGCAUGAGAAAAUUACACGGAAAGAAUUGGAGGUGUCUGAAUUGAAGGAAAUAAUACACUCUUACCACUUGGGUUCCGAGAAUACUAAGUUUUUGGCAUCUCCAUCGAGGCCGUGUCAGCAAAAAAGUACUGAAUUUGACAGAAAUGACAGCAUCUGUGGUGCUCUCUUUGAGCAUGAUGAAAUGAGAGAAUCAAUGUCGAGCCUAAGGAACACAGCUAAGGAAAACUUCAGGAAACUAAAGAAAGAAAUUGAUAGAAUAAGAGGAUGCAAUUCAAUUAGAAAGAUCAAUUCAGGAUCUGAGUUGGUUGGACUUGGAUUGAGUGGUAUACUACAAGAAAAAGCAUCUUCAAGAUGUAUUGACGUCGAUAAAAUAGUUGAUGAUCUUCAAGAUAACCUAGAUACUUUGUAUAAGCGGGUGGAAGGUAUAGUUCAAUUGUCAAAAACAUCUCUUGGUCAGUGGCAAGUUGAGCAGGAGUACCUUGCAGAUAUUGAAGGUAUGGUGAUUAGGAAUUAUAUCUGGAGCAUCCAACAAGAGUUUGAGGAGAAAUUGUGGGACCAAAAUGCUAAAAUUUUGAGUAAUGAAAGAAAGAUAUCAGGCGAAAAGAUGAAAGAAAUUUCAUGUUUACGACAAGAACUAGAUAUAAUUUCAAAAUCACUAUCUCCCUCUGAAGUUGGCCAUUUGAUUUCCUAUAGUUCCAUGGAUUCUGACCAUUCUCACCGCAAGUUAUUAAGUAAUCAUAUGACUUCAUCAACUUUGCAUUGGGAAGGAAAUGGCAAACAUGAAAUGUCCAAGACGAGUCUUCCUGAGAAUGUGGACCCUUCUCGUCUGAAGCAUUUGGGCAGAGAUGAACUAAUUAAUCAUUUUAACACUGAGAUGACAAAAAUGAGUAGAAACCACGAGUCCCAAGUACAAGAAAUUAUUGAAGAAAAUUUCACUCUCAAAAGAGAACUUUUGAAAGAAAGAGAGAAGUCAUCUUUGUUGAAGAAGGAUAAAGAGUUUGAAAUACUAAGGAGAAAAAUCCCCGACAUUAUUCUAAAAUUAGAUGACAUUCUUUUGGAAAAUGAGAAGUUACGAUCAUCUGGUGCUAAUGAUGAGAACCUAGGCACAAUGAGGAAUAGACUGGAGUCUCUUAUUUCAGAAAAUCACCACCUUAAGGACUUGCUUGGAGAAAAGAAAAAGGAGAUUAAGUGUUUGUCUUCUCAAGUUUCAAGCCAUGCCGAGAAAACGUCUCAACAUUCUCUUUUACUUUCUAAGUCAUUAAAUACGAUUGAACAAAUUAAAUGUGAGAUGCAGGAUGCACAAUUUGAAGCCUCAGUUUGUGAGGAUAUAGUCAAAUGCUCCUUAAGGGAGAUGAUGGAUCAAAUCAGAUGUGCCACUGAGGAGUCAGCUAUGAGAUAUGAUAUCAUGCAAGGAAUUUAUGAAACUGUCUUUGAAGGAGCGUCAUGCAUAGGUGAGCUUGCUAGUACAUCUGAAAGUGAACAUUUGGAUGAGGAGUCCAUCGUUAUGCAAGGUCUUCUAGGAGUGGUUUUACAAGAAUCCUUGAAAGAAGCCAAGGAGAAAAUGUCUGACUUGCACAACAGAUAUAUGGAAGAGAUGAGUACUCGACUGUCCCUUGAAAAAGAGGUGUCACAUCGUGGAGAGGCAUUAAGAGUAGAGGUUAUUGAAAAAGAGAGGCUAGAAGCAGAACUAAUGUCGUUUAGAGCAUCAUUAAAAGAAAAAGAACAGCUUGUGCGAGAAAUAACAAUCGUAUUAGAAAAAGAUAAAGAGAAGCUAGCUUUAGCUUAUGAUGAGGUUGGCUCUUUGAAGGAUCAAACCAACAGGCAGGAAAUACUGAUUUUGAAAAGCCUUGAAGAGUCAGAUACUACCAAGCUUAAAUUGACAGAGGCCAUGCAAAAAGUUGGAUUACUUGAGGUGGAAAUUUGUGAAUCGAAACGGAACCUUGAACUAGCAAUAACAGAAUUUAGAAAGGUUGAUGAAGAGAGAAGGAUGCUUGUUGCCAUGGUGUCAGAGAAUCAGGAGACUAAGUUAUUGGUCGAGGAGAAAGAAAAGGAAUCUAGGAAGCAGAUGGAAUCACUCAUUUUUGUUGUCCAGGAAUUACUGAAAGAAGUUUUUGAUUUUGAACAUAGGGUGAUUGACUACAUUUCAAGGAAUAAUGAAAGGUUGGGGAGUUUGAGUUCUGAGACAAAGUCACUUAUCCAGAAUGCUUCUAUGGUGAAAAGGGAAUGUUUGCUCUACAAGCAGAGGCUUGAGAAGAGGUGUUCUGAUCUCCAAAAGGCUGAAGAAGAGGUCGAUCUUUUGGGGGAUGAGGUUGAUGCUCUUUUACAACUUCUUGAAAAGAUGUACAUUGCUCUUGAUCAUUAUUCACCAAUAUUGAAACAUUAUCCUGGAAUUGUUGAUAUCUUGAAGCUUGUAAAAAAAGAAUUGAGUGGUGAUACGAGAGAGGCUUUUUGACAUGCUUUGACGAGACAGGUAAAAAGCUGUGAGUUCCCUGCUGCAAUGUUUAGCAAUGCAGGAUUUCUGGAAAAGGCAUUUCUAAGCUAUACAUCGCCUCCGAAAGGGAGGAACAACUGUAAGUAGAUAGUUUACUAGAUGUGUGGAGGCAGGAAACAAAUGUCCUCAAAACUUCAGUUACCAGUACUAAUCUCAUCCGACGUUAACCUGAGAAAAUAUAUUGGCAGAAAUGGGAUUAACACAACAGCAAUAUAGAUUGGAGAACAGGAUUUAUAGGUAUAAAAUAAGUGAUUCUUUUUGUCUUGGGCUUGUAGGCUCCUCGUUUUCAGUUUAACCCUUAGGGUUCUUUUUGUUAGAUGUUUAUUGUUUCUUAUAGUUCUCUUUUCUCUCUCUUUCCUCUGUUGUAAAGCUUCUUUCAUCCAGUAAAAAUCAAAUGCAAGAUAGUCUAUUUUUACAGAACGUUCAUGUUCUUUUCUCAAUAUAUGGCUAAGAUUGGGGUCGAAUUUCAUGAAUCAGAACACUUCAUCUGUCUUCUUCACAAGAUGAAAGAAAGUUAAUGUUAGAGUAGAGAGUUACGCACUUAUCCAA